GUCAACACCAGGUCACACACUCGCACACACAGCUGACAGUGUAGUAAAUUUGUUCUGUUUUGAUUUUUUGGUACCCCCUAGUGAAGAAAACCCCUUUCGAAUCCAAUGUUUCUGCCAUUUAGACAAAACGCGAACCCGGAAGAACACGUGAUAGUACUAGAAUUAAAUGGAUGAACGCUGUACUGUAUGAGCAUCGCUUACAAAGUUGUAACAGGCAGAGAAGGAUUAUUUUAUGUCAUAUUUUUUUGAAAGCUGUUUCUUCUGUUGUUCUGUUUCAUAGCUCAUUAAACCUUUCAAGCUUCAUUGUUCUUUGUGACAUUGUUCCAUUUCUAAUCUCUUUCGUUCAAAUAUUACCAUUCACCGGUAAAUGUUUUCUGUGUAAAUCCAUUGAAUUAAACAUCAAUGCACGGUCGGUUUUACACUGUUUAUGCUCACUUGUACAUUGACAAAUUUAAGAAUGUUAAUGUGUCAGUUUGAUAGCUUUGAUGUGUGCCUACCAUCUGAGAAGGCAACACAAAUCUGUAGAUCAUAACUCACAUGAGGUCAUAGAAUUAAACAGCAUAUUUCAUUGAAGCAUUUGUAUAUAUAAAUGAGUACAGUUAGAGACCUGAUCAUACACAUUAGACUUCCAAGAAACUGGCUGGUACACACCAGAUAAAGUGUCUUAAUUAACAAGGGGAAUGUGUAUGGCAUUUAGAUCAAUGAUUUUUAUAGUUAAAGUGAACAUAUAGUCAGCCACUAAAGAUGAAUUAAUUUAUAAAUUAGUAUUCCAGAAAUGGUAUGAAAAUAUUUUAAAAAUUCUACACAGCUUAUCAACAAAAUAAAUAGCAAACAAUUGUCGGUACCUAGCCACUCAUUUGGCGACACCAUUUUGUGAUGUUAUAGCUAUCUAGAGUGACGUCACAAAACCUAUAAGCUCUCCCAUACCAUAGAUAUUGAACAAUGUGACAGUGAGAAAAUACAAACAAAAACACCUGACACCCAACCAAAAAGUAAAAACUCUGGUCUGUGUUCAAAGACCCGAUCUUUCUUUUAGUUUGGCACUCGUCAGGAUGAUGUUCGUGGACGCCAGACUCAUGUUUCAGCGGUCCGUCCUUGUCUUUCAUGAGUAUAAACCAUGUCCGAUGUUGCGGUAUCCCAAUCGGGGGAUGUGGAAACCAAUGCACAGGGAGUUCCAGUCGUUCAUGUAACCAUUCCUAACCAACCGGUGCAGGUGCAGUCUGUCAUCCAAUCAAAUCAGCCCUCUGUAAUUCAUACAGCUGGUCCAAACAUUCAAACAAUACAGGUUACUGCUGUUGAUGAAGACCUGUCUGAUGAUCCAGAUGGGAGAAGAAGACGAGAAAUUUUAGCACGAAGGCCAUCAUACAGGAAAAUCCUCAAUGAGUUGUCCUCGUCAGAAACCUCAGCUAUCCCAGGCGUGGCUAAAAUAGAGGAAGAAUCCAACAGCAGUCAGAGCCAGGAUGGUGCGGAGACGUCAGAAGCAGCUACAAAUUUAAGUGCAGGGGAUGCAGUUCGGUACCAGUCUUCUCCAGUAAUUCCAGGCACAAUACAGAUCACAACCCACCCUGACGGCACGUUGGUCACCCAAGGACUACAAACACUAACUAUGACAAAUGCUGUCAAUUCCUCCCCGGGAUCAACAGCUGGAGCCACCAUCGUUCAGUAUGCGCAAGGACCAGAUGGGCAGUUUUACAUCCCAGGUGUGGUGGGUGGUACGAAUGUCCAGGCUUAUCAGAUAGCUACAUCAGGUGCUUUACCCCAGGGAGUUGUCAUGACAACAGCAGGCGGGGCCAUUGCCAGUCAACAACAAAUGUCAGAGGAGGCAGCAAGGAAACGAGAACUCCGGUUAUUAAAGAACAGGGAUGCUGCCAGGGAAUGUAGGCGGAAAAAGAAAGACUAUGUGAAGUGUUUAGAAAACAGGGUAGCUGUCCUUGAGAACCAGAACAAGACAUUAAUAGAAGAGUUGAAGGCUCUCAAAGAAUUAUAUUGUCAGAAAGACGGGUAGGCGGACUGGUAAAAACCUUCCCAAAGACAAUAAUUCAGGACUCUCAUACAACUUGGGAGGGAGGCUGUGAAUGACGGUGUGUGUUUUAAAAACUUUAGAUGGAAUGUUUUAAUCUCUGGAUCUGAAACAGGAUGGAAGUCAUCGUGCCUAUGUGUUUGUUUCCAGUUGCUGUGGACUGACUGGUGCCCAGGAAAGAGAGAAAUGUGAAGCAGAGAAACUGUUGUUGGCACUCGAUACUUGACUUGCCUUAUUUUACAUGGAAAAGGUUGGGCACCUUGCCCAAGUGUUUUAUGGGUGGCAUUUGGAUUAAUGUGUUCACUGAACUGCAGUGUCGUGGGGUAGACAUACACUCAAGUAUACCCUUUUAGCCAAUGGAUAUGUGCUUUGACUGAGUUUUUCCAGGUAGUCCAUGUUCAACUGACAAGGUUGACAGAUGUGCAUAAUGUAAAUAGUUCACAAAUCUUUAACUGAACUGCCUGGUGCAAUCCUUUGACUGAUAUGCCCUUGUUUGAUAGAUAACCUACUUGACGAUGUUGUAGUCCGUGUGAUCUGUCUGUCUGAUUAGGGUGCCAUGGUAACUCCUAUUUGAGUUGCCCCAAAGGCCUUACUGUACUGAGUGUAUAUUUUGAGGGGUGUAAGAGGAGGAUUUGUCUGCUUUCUGUUAAUGGUCACCUCACUACAAGUAAUGAUGGAUUACUCAUUAUAUGUUAAAAGCACAUACAGUUCAAGAACAUGGUAAAGUGAAAUGAUUUUCAAAUUUUAACUGGGAUUUAAGUGUAACAGUUCUAUGAGACGUUGUUGCCAAGUUUUAUGCUUGUACAUGUACGUUCAUAUAUUUUGACUUUUUUUUUUUUGAUGACUUAAAUGUUUGAACCUGAUACAUAUAUUACAGAUAUAUACACCAUAUAUUAGUUUGAAAUGCGGAAACGAUAUGACCAGGAAUAAAGUGAAUUAUGUUCACUUGUCUUGAAAUGCAGGUAUUUCACACUCAAGAACAGUUAUGGGCAGUAAAAUAUAUAGAUUAACUCAACUGCAGGAAUCGGUAUCAGUACCUGUAUUCCAAAGAAUUCACUUAACCAUUUGUACCAAACUGUUAAAAGGUGUGAAAUACUUAUAAUUUAAACAGUUGAUUUUGUGUACAGUAAUAUGCUGGUUUCUGUGUUCAUUUUGAUCUGAGCCUGCACACUCAUCAUUAUUAAUGGGACAAUUAAUUU